AUGACGGAAAGAGGCGGUUUCAGACUUAGGAAGUGGGCAUCCAACAGUCCCAAGGUCUUGGAGGGGCUUCCUGAAGACAGUUUAGCAAUUCAAGCGGGGGACGGAAUCAACUUGGACCCGGAUCCGUCCAUCAAAACCCUCGGGCUCAUCUGGAUGCCGAAGAGUGAUAAGCUGAAGUUCAGCUUCUACAUUCCCUCGGUGCGACCAAGGCAGCAGUUCAGUAAAAGAGAGGUACUCUCGGUUAUAGCAACGCUAUUCGACCCUUUAGGAUUGCUCGGGGCAGCAAUCACAACUGCAAAAAUUUUGAUGCAGUUGCUGUGGAAAUAUAGGGACGAAGACGAUCGUGCGCUGGACUGGGACCAGCCCAUACCUUCGACGGUGGGUGAGAUGUGGACGAA